UUUUUUGUUUUUCAUUUAUUCGUUUGUUUUCUUCUAUAUGUAGACUAAAACAAAAAUUUCAAGUAGUUCUUGUAGUAGCGUAUUUCGUUGUUUACAUUUCAAUUUUUCUUUUUACUAUUAUUUCGCUUCAGUUUUGUUUCGUCAGGUUUGUAAAGAGAAUAACAACCCAGGGCUGGUAUUCCCUUUAUGCUGGAAAGUUUUCUACCUGAAGGAUUGUGAUUCAACAGACUUAGUUGAAACAAACUUUGUUACAUUUAUCAGCCUUUUUUUUUUUUUUAGAUUAAAAAUAUCCUAAACAUCCUGAGCUGAAUAGUAAGAUAGCUGUGACUAAAUUUGAAAUUUAAACUGACUCAAAAUAUUACUAGUGAAUGGUCUGAAGUAAGCACCAAGAGAUUUAGAUUGAGAAGAUAUAGUUCAGUGUGAAACUUGGAACAUUUGUAUUUUUAUUGAAAUUUCUUUUGUAUUUGUAAAUGUUUUCAUAAUUCAUCAAUAUUUUGAAAAAUUGGUAUAUUUAACAUGAUUUAAAUACCUGAAACACUUUUCUGGUGUGAAGUUUAUGUGAAAACAGUUUUUUCAAAAGAGUAAUUUGUCUGCAUGUGAAUGUGUUAAGAUGGAGGAAAUAUACUACUGUGAAUUUUGUAAUAAGUUUCUUUCUACCAGUCAAGCAUUGAAUGCUCAUAAGCUCAUUCACUCAAGAGAAAGACCAUACCGAUGUGAGGAUUGUGGAGAAGCAUUUACUCUGAGUACUGAAUUAUCAUCACAUAAAUGCGCUUUCCAUGUAGGAGACAAACGUAAGCACUGUGAAAUUUGGGGGAAAUCAUUUUCUAAAAAUUCCAACUUAUCAUCUCAUAAACGUGCAAUUCAUGCAACACAAAGACCUUACGACUGUGAAAUUUGUGGAAAAUCAUUUUCUCAAAAAGGAACUUUAUCAAAUCAUGUACGUACCGUUCAUAUUGGAGAAAAGCCUUACAAGUGCACUGUUUGUGAUAAAGGUUUUGCUGCACGAGCAUCGUUAAAAUAUCAUAGCUACCAUCAUACAGGAGAAAGGCCCUACCAUUGUGAAGUUUGUGGGCACACUUUUACUAGAAUGACAUGCUUAGAAAAACAUAAACGAGUACACACAGGAGAAAAACCAUACACUUGUGAUGUUUGUGGAAAAGCAUUUUCAAGAAGAUUUAGCUUAAGAAGACAUCAAAUUCUCCACACUGGAUUAAAACCUUAUAUUUGUGAAAUCUGUGGGACAGCAUUUUCAGAUUACAGUAACUUGGCUGGCCAUAAACGUGUUCAUACUGGUGAAAGGAAAUACCAGUGUGAAACUUGUGGCAGAGCAUUUUGUACUAACCGUAGCCUUUCAUCUCAUAAAUAUAAUCAUAGUGGUGAAAAACCAUACCACUGUGAUAUUUGUGGGCUAAAAUUUUCUCUUACGAGCUACUUAUUGGCUCACAGAAAUAAUAUCCAUUUUGGAGAAAAGCGCUACCCUCGCAAAGUUUCUGGGAAAGCUUUUUCUAAAAAGGAUUCACUUAAAAAAACACAAGCACAUUCACACAUGAGAAAAUAGUACUCAAAACUGACCUCGCCUGUGCUGGUGCCAUGUCAAAAGCACCUAGUCGACUCUGCAGUAUGGUUAGUGUUAGAAUUGGCAUCCAGCUGUAAAAGCCAUGCCAAAAAAGACACUAAAACCUAGUGCAGUCUUCUACCUAUCCAGCCCCUGUCAAAUUGCCCAACCCAUGCCAACAUGGAAAAUGGAUGUUAAAUGAUGAUACAUGUGCAUAUAUAUAUGUAUGUUUAUAUUCAUACACCUCUGGUUGACCUCUCUUUCCUUCUAUGUUCCUCUUUAGAUUCUUACCAUCUUCAUAUCUUUCUUUCUUGUUCCCUUCCCCACACAUUGCCCAUAUUCACCCAUAUAAAGCGGGAUAGUACUGCUUACUCCUACACAACCGAUCUCAUCAAUACUUCAUCUCUUUCUUUCUUAGUAACCCUUGACCUUUGAUACUAAUCCUUUCCCCUUUUACCUAUACUUUCUAAAAGAUAAAAGAUUUGUAGAAAGCAAAAAAAAAAAAA